GCCUAGCGAAGCCACCAGAGCACCAGGCCAGAGGACAAAGACAGGUCAAUUGACAGAGGGCGGAAUCGAGAUUGCACCAAGACACCAGCAUCCUCUUCUGCCGACAACGGUUACCUGCAGCUGGGACCCACCACUUUCAACCCCUCGCAACCGUUUGCGCUUCGACCCGUCUGACCGCUGCUCGAGGAUUUUACGCCAGGCUGUCUUUGGUCAUUAGCAGACUCGUGGUUUUGCGCCAAAGAAAGAAUAUCUUCGGAUUGUCAAGAUACCACCCCCAAGUGCCUGGUGCCCGCUCUACGCUAUCAAAUGGCUCCAGCAAUCUCGCAAUCUCGCCCACCCAACAGAGGCCAUCGCGAUAGAUGCUGCGGGCCUUUUUGCCGACCUCCGUCGACAGCGCGCAUCCGGAAUGGAGUCUCUGGCGCCGGCUGCGGGGCCCGGCUGCAGCUCAACUCGCAGGUCAAGGAUGCCACCACCACAUAUACUGGCUGCUAAUAACGGCGAGACACGUCUGAGUGGCAUGGCUGGCUGCCGCCGCUGGGUCUGCUGACCCCGCCUCACCCACCCACCAUGUCCCGCGCUGCAUGCGCCAUCACUGGCCAGUUAAAGACCCAUGGCGUUGAAGACCCAUGGCGAACCAUGGGGCCUGCUCGUCCGCCCACUCGCGAGCCAUUAUGCACAAAGGCCGCAAGAACGGAAAAGGCUUCCAUAGCAGAACGCCAGCCCGACGAAGCCCGACCUCGGUGCCGCAAACCGCAGCCCGCUGGUGUCUCUGGCCCUUGCUCUCUUGCCCUUGCUCUCUUGCCCUUGCUCUGGUCCUGUCAACCAUCUCCUGGUCGCUGUCGCGCCAAAGCAGAUAGGCUCCGUUUUUGCGUGGCUAGCUGCAAGUGCUGUCGCUUCCACCGUCCUCCUCACACGCCAUCCCCCAUUUUUCCAGCCUAACGAGAGCCUGCCCAGGCCAUCGACAGUUCGACCCUCCUCCAUCCUGCUUCCGCCACGCCGCGCGACAUCUCCUGCACCCCUCUUUUUCGUUCCACGUCUCCUCGAGCGCCAUGCUCUAGGAUGCGUGAGAGACCCCCAUUCGCUUGCAAGCCUGCCACAUACCCGGCAUGUUCGAAAGCGAAUGAAGAGCCUUCGCAAAAAUAUCACAUGUGUGCUGUCGCCGUCCAAUUACGUACUUAACCUACGUGCGAAAUUACCCCAGGCCCGACUUUCCUGUUUGAUCCCAAGCUGGAUGUGCCGUUGCGUUGCUUCUACACCAAGCUACACGCAGAGCCUCAGACCGGUGUUGAUCUUAAAAAAGGGGUGACCCGCCCUCCGAGCCACUUCCGGCGCUGACUUGCGAAAUACGGAGCAUCCUUGGUGUCUCUUCUUGCCCCCGCCGCUUUCUUCUACCUGACCAGGGCCCCUCCGUGAAGCUUCCAGCGCAAACUAGCACCACCAAUUCCUCCAUAUCACGACGCCCACCGCUUCGAACCGGUCCCUGGUGCUUUGCUAAGAGCAUUCGAAUUCCUCGCAGCACCCGAACAUGUCUCCGCCGCCCUGCGCGUCGCUACCAUGAGCUCUUCUCGCAGGAACAAGCCCCCAAAGGCCUCGAAGUCUUCCAGGACACCCAACCCGGAGGAGAAACAAUGGACAGACUGGGCAUGGGUGGAGGAGUAUGGCUGUAGCUACAGAUGUGCCUACAAUGAACAUGGCGAGGUCAUCGCUACCGAAUACGACCCCCCAUACUACACCCCGGACAACGUCCCCAGAAAGUCUGGUGACCCCGUGGAUGGGCUCACCGACGGCCUAGGCGAGACCAGCCUAGUUGACCAGAGCAACCCCGUGGAUCCGGAUGAACACUACACACUCGGCCAGUCCAAGGGGAAGAGCAUAGCAAUAUCUCCCGAAGCGCAAGACGCACCCGGUCAAACGCCCGACGAACCAUACACUGACGGGUCAACCACUGAACCGACGCAAGAUGGCGAAGAUCCUUUCUACGAUUCAAUGGGUCUCUCAACCGAGGGCGGAGAACACGUUGAAGGGGUCUCUGCAGAGACAGAUGGAAGCUAUGACACUCAUGGCGUGUACCCACAGGCCGGGGGUGGCGCUACCGAUGACGAUUACGAUCCUCAGAUGGCCGCCGCGAUACAUGACAGCAGGAAAGAUCUCUCUCGGCGACCAAAGCCAGGGCAGUCAUCCACUAGUCAGAACCUUGGCCAUCCGUACGAAUACGCGCCCCAAAGCCCUAGCUAUGCGGCACCAGAUAGCUAUCCUACCUACCAGGGAGAGACACAGGCCUAUGCCGAACCGGGUUCGGCCUACGCAGCGGAAGGUGACGACCCCGACGAGGCCUACAUAGGCGAGGCCGCCAACACGGUCCCGGAAAUGCCCAAGACGAUCACCGGGACAUUGGGAGACUAUGAAUCAAUGGAUCCUCGGUUCAGGCUCAUGACUUCUCAGCACUGGCAGCCGGGAACUGUCUUCAAAAUUCUUUGGGCUGAACCGCAGGGCCAGUCGAAGGCGAAAAACGCCGGCACUUUCUAUACCGAACGACACACGGUUGAUAAUGGCGCAGGAAAGCUGUUUCACACCAAACUUCGCCGCUUCAUCAUUUACGGGACCGGGGAGGGCCAGAGCACUUGCGUGCCCAUCUUCACGUACAACAAUCAAGGCUGCAAGAAAAACGGUGUUAAACCCGAAAAUCAUGGCAUCGUGCACGACUAUAAUCAUACUCCCAAAAUGCUCCCUGGCGAGCCCACACUCGGAUUCGACCCUGCCGCGAUCGUGCUAACGGAAGGAACGGAGAAAAUCUCCAGGGAUUCCCGUGUCAACUACUCACAGCUCAUGACGGUCCAGCAUAACGUGAAGAUAUUCAUCAUCGGCUACACCGACCAUGACUCUUUCCAGGUCGUACGGGCUGCCGUCGACGAUUGCUGGAGGAGGCUCUCAACAAGUUUUGGCGGAGCACCCAAGAAGUCCAAGCGACCUCCCCGGCGCUAGCACUUUUCCCGUCUCUCCCCUACCACGUUUGCCGGUAUUUCCUGUCUCGUGGGGAUCAUGUCAUGCUAGGACCGCAACUCUGCUGUCCAAGCCUGUGGUCUCGGGACAGGACAUUGCCAGGCGCAAUGCGAGAAAUACGUUUAUUCAACGGCUCCCGAUCAAGUCGCUGCCAGUCUUGAUGUCCGGAUUCAACAUCCGCGGGAGGUCAUAUGGAUGGAAUCAGCACCGAGCUGGCCCAAUCGGCCCAUAAACCCAUGGUGACGAGACUGCCGCACGCCGAGACCUAAGAGUGCCAGCGUUCCUCAGUGCUGCCUCUGUCCAUGAUAAGGACAACGUUUGUGUCUUGGCAGACCAGGCGGUCUAAACUGCAUCAGUUGCCUGCCUGGCUCGGAAUCUUUGUGCACCUGGGCGGGCAUGGCUUUAUGUUAUUUCAGGGUUUUUUGUUUCCACCCGUCUCCUUUGCUUAUAUGUUGCGUGUUUUCUUGAUGCUGGCGGCCUCCAAGAUUAGUCUUGGUGAUGAAAGGCCUCGUCGUGUUUUUGCUUCAUCUCCUUUACUACUUGAUGUCACCUUUCCUCCUCCUCGAUUUUGCUGGUUUCGCCUAGGAUUUGCUGGUUUCCUAUUGCCUUAUUUACUGUCGGUUGGAAAGGAAGCAGAAGAUGAAUCAGAUUGGCAGGAAUGAAGGGGAGAACAACAGAUGCUCUUUUGGUAGUUUGUUGCAGGCAGAUGAAUGUGCAGUUUUUAUUUCGGCA